GUUUAUUGGUUGCAGCUCAAGAUGCUACAGAAGAUGAGGAAGCUGUGGAAGAUACUAUAGUUGAAGAUGAGGAUGAUGAAGCUGAAGUUGAAGAAGAUGAGCCAACAGACUUGACAGAAGAAAAAGAGGAAGAAGACUUGUCAGGAGAACCUAAAGCCUCACCCAGUGCUGAUACAACCAUCUUAUUUGUGAAAGGCGAAGACUUUCCAGCGAACAACAUCGUAAAAUUUCUGGUGGGCUUCACCAAUAAGGGUACAGAAGAUUUCAUUGUCGAGUCUCUCGAUGCUUCUUUCCGGUACCCUCAAGACUACCAGUUUUACAUCCAGAACUUCACAGCUCUCUCUCUGAACACAGUAGUUCCACCACAGAGACAAGCCACAUUUGAGUACUCCUUCAUCCCUGCUGAGCCUAUGGGUGGUCGUCCUUUCGGGCUGGUUAUCAAUCUCAACUACAGAGAUGCCAGUGGCAACGUUUUUCAAGAUGCUGUCUUCAAUCAAACUGUUACCAUUAUUGAAAAAGAAGAUGGGCUGGAUGGAGAAACGAUCUUCAUGUACAUGUUCCUUGCUGGACUUGGUCUGCUGGUCAUAGUUGGCCUACAUCAGUUGCUAGAGUCUAGGAAGAGGAAAAGACCGGUACAGAAAGUAGAGAUGGGAACAUCAAAUCAGAACGAUGUUGAUAUGAGCUGGAUUCCUCAAGAAACUUUAAAUCAAAUAAUGCAAAGUAGAAGAGAUAAAGCUUCACCAAGGAGGUUGCCCUACAAGAGGGCACAGAAGAGACCAGUGGGCUCUGAUGAGUAAUGUUAAAUAGUGCAACAGUUGAACCUUUACUAAUUCUGCCUGUUUGGUUUUUUUGGAUUGGAGUAGUGCAGAGAACCCAUACCACCAUAAGGAAAAUACUGCUAAACAUUUGGACUGAACAGAUUAACUGAAUGGUGUUAAUAUUACUGAAAAUGCACUUCUCUUUUAAUUUUGUUUUUUAAAUUGUUGGGGGUCGGGGGAGGUAGCCAUUAAGAGUUGUGCCUGCGUGUGUAAGCGGUUGGUCUUAACAGAAACGUGUUACCUGAAAUGUGCCUUUAGAGUUCUUUGUAAUGCUGGCUUGCCAUCUGUACAUUGUCAUUGAAGGAUUUCUCUCCUCUCCCUAAUCUGAAUGUUUGGUGACUUUAAUCUGUCUUGAUUGUAUCAUACCUGUAUCAGAACCUGAAUGCAAUUGUUCUUACUCAGCUAUUCUUUACAAGGUGCGCACACUGAAGUUCGUGUGUCCUGUCUCAGUGACCAGGCACUGAUCAUCUCAACUUCUGCAUUAGUCUUCAUUCUAAAGGCACAAUUGGGUAUAGCUGCUUGUAGUGGUAGAUGUUUUGCUGCUGUUUUGAUCUGGGCAUGCAGUGACCUAAAAAUCUGAAUUUAGCUGCAUAGAUGUUAGGAAGACUCUUGCACAGCAGCAGAACUUGUGAAGCAUGGAAUUUGUGUGCUGAAUUGGUAUUACUACAUAAAUUUCUUUUUUAUACCCAAUUUGUUAAAUGGUUAGUUAUUGAAUUGUGCCAGCAUCUUAGGUAUUCAGAUUAUAGUGAUAGUUCUGCAAUGUUUACUCAAGAAACUGUUGAAUAAGCCAGAACAACUUUUCAGUGAGUUCUUGGUUCUCUCUCUUAAGAACUAGAAUGUCAUAUGUAUCAAAAGGCCAAUUUAUUUUUUUUAAAGCUUUACAAGGAUUUGCUGUACACACUUGAAACUGAAUUUGAAAAACAGUUGGAUUCAAAUAAUUAUUUUUAUUGGCAAGCUAUUUAAUUCACCAUUUACAGUUUUUAAAUCUGAGACAUCUUUACACUGGUCAGUACAUUGGUCUGAGGUUUUUUCACCUACUGUUUCUUAACUAGUAAUACAGAUGUGUUUUCAUCACUAGCUGCCUGUUGGUUCAGUAGUCAAGCAGAAAAGCUGUGUGCAAAAUCAAAGCAAGAUUUCCUUUUGUGGCUUACAUGAUUACCAGGUACUGAGGUAUUGAUCCACAUCCACUGUGUCCAGGAAUUGACUGAUAGGGAAAAGAGCCAGUUUGCAGAACAUCACUUUGCUUGGGCAAGGCUUGGACUGUUUGCAUCUCCGCUGCCUCUCUUCCUAUGUCUGAAUGUUAUCUGAAGGCUUGUUGAGUUCAGGAAGAGGCAUAGAUUUGAGGCCUCUGUUGUCUUCUUUUCCUCCCUUUUCUCAUCCCCACCUGUGAAAAUGCCCUUUUAGUUCCACACUUGGUCUUCAGGGACUGAACUUCUGAGCCAGUGAAUGCUGAGUGAUCCUUCCAAAUCCCCUGUGUGUUUGAAGCAGCUAGGCUCUGAAUCUACCUGUGCUGGUACUAUUUUGUUACACACCUUGCCAGAAUGAACUGUGUUAUUGACUCAUACUGCUAUGGAGAAGAUGCUUUGUUCAACUUCAUGAAAAUACAGCUAGUCCGGGCAAAAUAUUCUUUGCAGUUAAGGUUGCUUAAAUUGUCAUUCAGAUCAUUUAGGAAACAGUUGAAUGCUGCCCUCAUAAGGAGUAUCUCCACUCAAAUUGUGUGGAACAGCUUUAUUUGACUUUAUUGAUAUAAUCUGACUGGUUCUGUGGUAGAUUUGCAGGCUUGUAUUCCAGCUUGCAUUGAUUCAACAGUGUUUAUGGAUUAAAUGCUUCCUGUGCUAAAGCCUCAUAGUGAUUGCAGCACCUGAUGCACUGAACUUGGAGGUUCCCUCUCUUGGAUUGUCUCUGACCUGGCAUCAAGAGGGGCUUUUUUCACCUUCUUGUAAUAGGUCAUCUUGAACUGUAUAUUCUAAUUCUUCCUGAGAUUUAAAGGUACUCUUUGAGGGGGUGGUGAUGAUACAGUGGUAUGCCAGAAAAAAAGACAAAGGAUCAGAACAGAUGAUGUUAAUUUGUAAUGUCCUAGUUUUAUUCCUACAAGUAAGAAGUAUUUGAAGGCUGAGCUCUCGUCUCUGUAGUCAGUGGCUGACUUCCAAAUGCUUAAGCAUGAAAGAAGCUAGAAGGCAGCUUGCACUGGAACCAGCAGUGGGAAAGUCCAGGUGUACCAAGGCUGUUUUUCUCAUGGUACAACUUGGCAUUCACUGUAGAUGGUUCAUAGUGACUUUCUUAGCCAGAAGCAGUUCAUAAGAGCAGGGCCCAGUAGAUCACUGCUGCUCAUGAUGAAUGUCAUAACAUUUUUUUAAUUACUCGUUUCUCAUGAAUUUGCUGUAGUUGAAAUUUAGCAGUAACAUUCCAGCAUGCAGUGUGGUAACUGAACUUUGGCAUCUCUAGUAUUAUUUCUAGUGAAAAAGCCAGUCUAUUGCACUCAGCUUUCUUAAAUUGGGGACAUAGAGUUGUUGCUUUAUCCUAUUGGUUAUAAACUUCUUAUUUUGGUACUUGAAUUUUAUACUCUAUUUUUAAACAGGUAUAGCUUAGCAUCACAGGUAUGUUGCUGGAUAUAAUUAUUAUUCUCAGCUGAGUAGGGUGUAGUUUUGCUACUUAAAGAUGAGACAGCAGCAAUUUUGCCUUUCUAUGCCACCCAUUUCCAUUUGGCAGCACAAGCGUCUGUAUAAUCCAGCAUUGUUACCAGUUCUCAGCCAGCUUGCUACACUGCCACACAGCUGCUCCUGGAGGGUGCUGGGAACAGUGACAACUGUGAAAGAAGCUGUGGGCUAGGGUUUCUGUAUUUGUAAAAGAUCCUAAAAUGGUUUUAGAGAGCAGAUGAACUAUGGGCUUAGAGUGAAGGACCUCUGUGAAUUCCUUUCUCACAGCUCCUUAACUUACUCAAAAAAUUGUGAAGACCUAACAAUUCUACGCUUGGGGUAGGAAAAGCAGCUUUAGAGUUCACAUCUACAGAGGCAGCAAAGCAUUAAUUCAGGCUACCCUUGAACUGCAUGUGACACCUGUAGCCCUCUGUUUGCUGUCUGCUUUCUGGCAGCAGUUCAUUUUUUCCCCAGUAUCCUUCAGUCAGAGAAAGAAGAGUGGCUGCUCUCAAGGAUUGAAGUUCAUUCUCCAUGUACAAAAUUAUUAAGGUGUAGGCUGUGGAGCUGGAUGGAACAGAGUGGAGGUGGCAGUGCUUCUGCUUGUGCUAAAACAUUUAUUCUGAAUGUCUUCCUUAGCUUGGGUAAGGUGUAAUCAAAAGUAUCAUUUACUGGUUAUUCCUGGAAUGCAUGGUGCUAAACAAAAUGUUGCAGGUGAGAGCUCUGAAUCCAUUCAAAUGCUGAAGUGGGCUGGUUGUGCUGUUUCUCAGUGUUCUUGAUGUACUGAGCAGUAGAGAGUCUGUUCUCUUUUCUUCUCCAAAGGAAGGACAGUACCUACCUCAUAGGAGUGACAUAAGGGCUGUUUCAAGAGUGUUUUGAAGUUAUUUGGCACUUGCACAAUACACUUCCAUGGAGAUAGUGAGACACAGCACUAGUGUAAAUGGUUGGCAGCUGUACCCAUAGAUCCAUACUGUACUAAUUUAAUCCCCUCACUGACCAGAUUUUAGCAGCUUUACACUUUGACCAUUUCUAAAAUACGCAGAGGAGUUGCAGUUAACAUACAGAGGAGAGCAAAGCCAGAAAGAUUUCUUAGAUUCUGCAAACAUGUAUAGGUGGGCUAAGUAACAUUGUUCUGAUAUUUUUCCAUUUAUCUCCAAAUUUUCCCAGGGAUUUUUUCUAAUCAGUUGAUACAGAUGAUUGUUUAUGUAGCUACAAUCAACAGUCAACUUAAGAAUGACUGAUUGUUUUGGAUUAUUAAGUUCAGGUGAUGUACUGCAACUGAAGUGUUAAAUUAUCAUUUAAUUUCUUACCUGCUGACUUGCAUUUAUAAGUGAGAUCAGAUCUCUUGAAAACAGCUGCAGGUUUUUUGUAAAGUAUACUUGAUUUUUUUUUCCUUAGCAUUGUGUAGCUUUUUUUUUUUUAAUAAAGCAUGAGUAUGGCACCAAAAAAAGGCCUUUUCCUUGAUAAGCAAUCGGUAGUAGGAAAUAUGCAAAGUGUGAAAACAUGCCAUUCUUAAAAAUCUGCCUUUCUACCUGUGUAAUUGGAAUGGAAAUAAUAUUGAGCAAGUUUCUGUGAUGUUUUGGACAAUGGACUAAUAACUAAGAUUAGAAUUCUCUUAAGGGAGGGCCCUGGGGAAAUGUUCAGUAAAUUCCUGAAUUCUGAUGGUUUAAAAGUGAGCCAUAGUGCCCUACAUUUCUAGAAGGAAUAACCUCAUGUUAAACCAUAGGCAGCAUAAAAAGGAUCUGUUAAGAUGCUUAAAGGUUGCUGAAGCACAAGGACAAAUCCUUCCUGUUUUUAUGUGCAUGCUGUUGUGUGACCAAGCAAAUGCUCACAUUCCAUGCAGUUACUCUGAAAAUAGCAGUUCCAGCAGGUGUUCUGCAUCCAAACAGAAGACAGUAAGGCUUGUUGGGGAAAAAAGCCAACAAAAAACAAGACAAGGUUUAAGAAUAAAGAAUGCUGGGACCCCUGUAUUUGUGAGCUAUAUCUGUGGGUAAAAGAGGGAAAAACUAGAAGCAGAUAUGUUGAUGUAUUUUUAGGUCCUGGAACACAUAAAAAUUACUAGAAUUUGAAGCCUGCCUCAUCUUUCACUGAAAAGAUCACGAUAGAUAGAUUGCAAUAGCUGGCUCAGAAAGAACAGAUACCAAGACCAAGAUGAGGUCUUAAAUAUCUGUCUGGCUGUCUUUUCUGUCCCCUUGUGUAAAUAGUCUUGGCUAUAAAUCUGUGUUAACCACGAUGCAGCAAAAUUGCAGCAUUACAACAUUGCAGUCCCUUAGCUGGUAAGGCAAAGCUGAAUUUUAACCGGCCUUUCCUCAUCAUUAUCAAUCUGUUCAGCCUGCAUGGAAAUCACACCUGUUUUCCCUGUGCCACCUAAGUUCACAUAAUGAAUCUGUCACUUGAGAGCUCUCUAUCACACAGCAAAGAGAACACUUGGAGUUGAUGCACUUGGUCUCACAAUGGUCUGAGCAGAUUUUCAAGAGGACUCCACAGUCAAUGUUCUAGUAAAGGAGGUUCAGUCCUGCCCUGCUGGGCCUGGAUGGAGCUACACCGUGUAUUUUCCAUACAGAUGAGCCUGUAGUGGUGGAGCAUUAACCCUGGAGGUAAAAUACAGUACUAGGUUCACUAGAUGGAAAUUAUUACAGCCAGCAAUUCCCAGAUCUGCCAGCUGAGGGAUCUCCCAAGCCGGUGACAGCUGCUGCUCAUAGCAGACAAGCACAAAGAGAGCUUUAGCCCCUUCUGAAAGAGCAGGAUCUAAAUGGAGCAGUCACAGCAACUGUGUCUGGCCUUUCUAAAUCAUUCCAUGCUUUAUCUUGGCCACUGAAGUAAGUUUGGGCACUGCACUUUUUUGCGCUGUUCAGAAAAUAACAGACAAAUGUGAAGCUUGAACUCAGAUAAGCUGUAAAUGCUGGUGUUGUAUUUACUUCCAAAAAAAUUCAGGGCUGUGGCCACCUACAGGGUCAGCUGAAGGUUUGCAGAGGUGGAACUUAUAGUGACACACUGCCUCUGCCACCUGGUGUUUGGCCCCACAGCCAGUUUUUCUUAGAAGUUAAAUGAAAUUGGAUCUUUUAGCCCCAUGUGUACCUUGACCACAUGCAGACACAGAGAGGUUCCUAUUCAGCUUUUCCAUGCAGGCUGAAUCAAAGAGUCAGACUGUUCAGAACACUGAAGGAACUCCCCUGGCAGAGCCUGGAUCCACAGCCCUGCAGAAGCAAGCAGGGGACAGGACCUUGCCCUAAGAGGGGAUUUGAUCCAGUAUCAGCUGGCAAGUUUUCCACCCAUAAGUUUUCAAGAGUAAAAGAAAGAAGGAACACCCCGUUUUCUUUUAGAGGAGUCCACAGAGCAAGGAGGGCAGUUAAAAUGCCCUGUUGCAGGUUUCCAUUGGAAAGGAAAAGCUGGAAUUUAAAUGGCAUCUGAUGACUGUUGAGCACAGUAUGGCAAACAUAGCUACCAAAAUAACAGGUUAUAUUUAGAAGCAAGUUCAAAUACCCUAAAACAUUUUAUUUGGAAGUAUGUCAUAUUUUCCUCAGAGCCUGUAUUUAAGGCUCAGUUAAUGCUUGGUUGUUUGUAAUAGUGGUUCAUUCAUAGAGCAUGGAAUUACUUCUCACAGCUGGAAAUGACAUUUUGCCCAACUAAUCCUAACUUGUUGCUGCUAUAAAGCCAAUUGGAAACCAGGAAGCACAUCCUGCUGUUAGGCACCACAGCAAAGAAAAAAACUGAAGAAAUAUUUUAGAAAUACACUGCUCAGGGACCAUCUCCUUUCCACCACCUUUUUGCCUGGCAGAUUGCAGUUCUGCAGCAUUCCAUUACCACCACUCCAGCUAAAGGUACACCAAGGGUGAAAUACAAGGCACCAGUCAUAGUCAUGCAGCCAGAACAAUCACUUUGUGCUCAUGCAGAGCAAGACAUUCCCUCAAGGUCCUCCUGAGGCUGAACUCCUGCUCCCAUCUCGCUGGGUGUCAUUUACUGUUCCUUUAGCGAGCUGCAGCACCCCUUGUGGUUACUCCUUUCCUUUCACUGGCAGUCCCCAGGGACCAUCACCCUGUCAUUCCCAUUCUGCCGAAUUUAUGGAAUUGAAUGGAGCCAGAUGUCACUGAUGCAGUGCAGUGGGAAUAAGUGCAGGCCACCAAGGACCUGCUGACAUAGUGCAAAGCAUCCCUCAGCUGCAGUUCAGUAAAACACUGCCUGAAGGAACUGGUGGAGAAGCUGCUAUCACUAUUUUUCAAAUUAAGUACCUUAAUUUUUAAGUAGGUGUUCUGCAGCUGCUAAAGAGAAUCUUAAGGUUCAGAAAAAGUUAAAAACUGUCAAAGAUGUGCAUUCAUAAAAAGUAAUAACCAAAUGUAUUAAAGGCAGCAUGUGGCUCUGCAUCCUGUUCCAAAAUAGAUUACCACAGGGUGCCCAGGUUGCUCACUUGUCCAGAUCCCUCCCUUUCCAUCACUUACAGCCCCAGCUCAUGUUCUGGUGAGUUCUGGGUCUUGAGUAGCUGUGCUAGGCACCCUCUGUGGUUUAAACUCCAAGAUGCUGCCAGAGUGAUAUAGACACAAGAUCAAAGGUCAGGCUCACUGUGUUGUGGUGCAGACUUACACUGACUGCUGUGUGAAUGCAGACAGGUUGAUACUUUGAUUUUCUCUGACUGUGGAAUAUUGUGGACCUGGUGCACGUAGCCUUGGAGCCGGUAAAGCGUCCGUGAUACAGGCAUCUUGACGGCAGCAGAUUAAAUGGUGUUAAAUGUCCUGCCACCAAAAAGGGACUUUUCUGGCAAAGUGUGCAAAUCUGGGAGUGCUGGAUCCCAUUCGGCAGCAGUGCAUGCAGCAGGACAUGGGAGGUGCAUGUGCUGCCCCCUCCCCAGCUGCUGCCCAGGAGCCCCAUGCAUCGAGCAGGGCUGGGCUUUGGUAUAACUAAACAGCAAUGACAAAGGUUACAGUCUCUGUUUACAGCCAGGUUUUGCCCUUCCCAAGCACAGGUCAUACAGUAAAGCUUGAGUUGCAAAAACUUGGGAGGAAUAUUGGUCAAAGCAAGCCUGCAUCUCACAGCUAGCACUGCCAUCACCCCAAAUAAAGUAGAAAUACUUAUUUUGGGUGCAGAUUGCUUGGAAGUCAGGUGCUGCUCAUUGCAAACAACAAACCUAGGCUGUCAUUCUCUGCAGGAUCAGGUAACAGGAGAUGGGAGGAAAGGCCAACACACCAAUUGCUUUUGUUACCCAAGUACAGCUCCAUGUCUGAGGGCAGGGGCCCAUGGACCUGUGUGCACACGUUCACAGGAGUGUUUAUUUCUGCCAUUCCUCCUACCCCAGUGCUCGGGGCAGGCCCUGUCCUGGAGCCACCGACCCCUCUGGCUGACAUUCUGUCCCAACCUUGGCACAUUUUCACGAGCAGCAGGGCCGUGCUCCGUGUGUGGUUACAGCUAAAAAUGACUGACAGAAAGUCAGCCCGUAGCGGCGCUGGCCUCCUCUACAGUAACCUCUGCCUCCGAGAUUGUGAAAACAGAUCAGCCCUUUGGUGAUGAAAAGCCUUUUCUCCAGCAGAUUUCUCUUAUUUACAGCCUCCCAUUAACUGAUGUUCGUAAACUGCUUCACAACCCUCUGCUGAAAGGCUCUAGAGAAGUUCAAGUGCUUUCACAACAGCGUAUUCCAAACACCAUCGCCCAGAGUUUCCUCAUACACUCCUGGCAGUUUUCCCUGCCAAACAAGAGACAGAUCUGGCACAGGAGAAAUAAACAAGCACAGCAAAGGAGAAAGCUAUUUUCAGUUCCUACUAGUUGGGAGGAUUGCUACAACAUUUUCUACUGCAUUACGCAGUGAGGUUGGGUGAGUCAGAGAAGUCUUCCCAUUUUACUACUGUUUAAUAUAUGAAAAACUCCUGCUUCCUUUUUGUGAGGAUUUUUUUUUUAGCAUUCUGAGAGGGAUCUUGAAAAAUGAAAGUAGGCAAUACUAGAAUUUUUGAAAAGCCUGAAGAAUGCUUCUCAACUCCAUUUAGUUUCACUUCUUCAGGCUGAUUUCAGACACAUCUUGAAAUGAAGGCAUCAGAGCCCCUUACCUGGCCACACUCUGGAGGUUUACAUCUCCCCAGAGAGCUCAGUCAAGCCCAUUAACACUGGCACAUGUGUGCAGGUUACACAUCACUUACCCGGGGUGACACUUGCACACAACAGCAAGGUAGAUGCUCCUGUGUCUUUUGGGAUCCAUUCUGUGCAGUGACAGCACAGAAGGCAGCAGUCUGUGUCUUCACUGCUGCCUUUGAGCAGGCCAGCUGCCUCCCCACCCUUUUUCUCCCAGGUACUAAUUGACUCCUUUUUUAAAAAAAGAUACUUCUGGAAAAACGGCCUCAUAAACAUCUUUUUACAAUACAGAACUUGAUGUUGCUCACAAACAACUCUCCCCUUGCCCACAGCCCAACUCUCAUCCCUCCCCUUGUUUUAAAUAGGCCUCCCUGCCCAGGUGAAGCCACUGAUGAGGCCUGGCAGCCCACAGGGAUGGUGCUCUUGCAGCUGGUGACAAAUCCUAAAAACACCAAAUAAUUCUGUGCCAGAGCACUCCUCCCUGUGCUAUUCUCCCCCUGCCCCUUCCCUUCCCCUCCUGUCCUCUGAUAUUUCCUGAGAAAUACAUGCAGACCACUGGACAAGUGAGUCCCUAACUUGUCACAGGGCCAAGGACACACACCAUCUGUGUGUGACACCUAUUCAUCCUGUGGGAGAAACACCUUGGGCUUACUUGGCAUAAAUCAUCCUUUCAGGACUGGUGAGAAAAGUUUUAAUCACCUAAAAAUGCAUUCCCUGAAACUGCAUUGCAAAAACACAACCCUCAGCUGAGGGGACAAGGAAGGACACCAUGGAGGCUGUGUUGAGAAAGGCCAAGAGGUCUGAAUUUGCUGAGUGCAAGACCCUGCACCUUCAGGAGAUGCUUUAGGCUCUGGCAGGGGCUCCAUGAACAAGCCACUAUUCCUGUUAAUGUUUUUACUUCAAAACCAGAGGAAGAGACUGACCAUACAUACUCUCAGCAGAGCUGUUAGCUCAGAAACCCCAGCUGUGCUCUACCUCCUGUCAUUUUAGGGUUGUUUCCAGUUUUUCUAACCCUGUGAUCCAGCGUGGCACUAAUUGCCCAAGACUAGGGAAAUCCUCUGAUCCGCCAGCAAAUCUGCAGGUACUGGCAUCACCAGUUUCCAGACAGGGACAACAGUUUGCUCCUGGAUGUUGGUUUCCCCCAUUCCCUGAGUGUGCACAUGAGGACAUGGGCAAGGAGGGCAGCUCCAGUGUGGGGCUGGUGGCCAAAGCCAAGAACUCCAGAGCACAGCCAGGACUCCAGGGAUCGCUGUAGUGACUGGGGAGAGCAUACACAGCCAGGUGACCCAUCACGUCCCCAGCUCAGACACCAGCCAAGCUAGGGUGCAGAUGUGUAUGCAGAUCAAGCCAUCCCACUAGCAGGUUAGACCUUUCCUUGUACACACUCUUCCCCCUUCCCAACCUCACACCAUUUUUCAUGGAACAUUCAGCUCUUCCCUGACAUGGAGGAGGUUUUCAAAAUCUAAGUAAAUUCCUUUAUUUCCAAGCAGAUUGGAGCCCAAAUCCCAGUAUCUCUCUCAUGGCUCCUUUGGCUGUUGCAGAGUGGAUGCAGCCUCUCCCCUGCACAGUAAUUACUGCCAAGGAAGGGGAUGAAAGGGGGAAAGUACUUUAGUGCUGCUCCUGCUCCGCUGCAGGGCUCAGCUGACCCACGACACCCAAAGAUGAUGUGCCUUGUACAGAUUUAACUCACUUCCCUUCCUGAUGCUACUCCAGUACUCAGGUUUUGGGAAGUCCUGGCAUGGCCCCUUUUCCCACAGUCCCGCAGUUAAGAGAUGUUCCAAUUGAACAAUCCCAUUUCUCCACCCUUUUCUUUUUUUGCUUUGCCAGAGUGGGUAAUGAAAAACGGUGCCUUUUUGAUGUACAGAAAGUGCUGGUUAUUCUGUGCUGGAGUCUUGAGUCUCCCUUUGAUGUAAUCCUGAACUUCAGGGUUUCCAUAAGUGACAUUUUCAAUCCCAUCAUAACUACAGAAAUGCUGAAAGAAAAUGGCAUGUAUGAUUCCCCAAACUGGAGAUUUGUGAAAAAGGAAAGAUUUCAAAUUAACUUUUGCCCCUUGCUGCCUUUGCUAGUUGAAUUGUGACUCAUUUUGUUUGAGAAAGGGUUUUUCCAACAGAACAGGCCAAAACACUGUUAAGUGUCAACAGCAAAUCACUUCUCAUUGCACUCACUUUCUGAAGAUCUUCGUGUAGGUGUACAGCCCUCCCAUCUCACAAAUGCUGGCUGCUUUGAGACAGCUGCAUAAUGAAAAGCAAGUAACUUUAUUCCUUUCUCUUUACUUGUUUGCAUUUCAGUAGCAGAAAACAAAAAAAAAAAAGAAAAGAUGCUCCAACCAGGCUUCACGUUCUGUUUUGGGGCAGUUUUCACCCAAUUCUGCUAUCUCCUGCCCGUCCCCACAGCUUCACUCUCCACACUGCAAGAAAAAACCCACCUUCCUGGUGCCCCUUGCCAAGGCAUCCCUGUGGUGGCAGAAGACUUAGGUCAUCCCCAAGCUUUAAUGCUCUGGGCCAGCACGUGGCCUCCACACCUGAAGCACAGCAGUGCCUCAAAGAGGGGCUGUGCCACUCUCCCCCUCCAUGUCAGGAAUUAAGUCCAGCUUCACUCUUGCCAGGGUGGGAAGAAAAGCUUUAGGGAAUGAGGUGAGGAAGCAGCAAGUUGGAGGAGGCACAUGGAGAUACCUCCCCACCUCUGCUAACCUGGUGUUUCAGGCCAGCUGCAGCUAUCCCUGCCAUGGGUGCUGGUGUGGGAAGGAGUGGAGGCAGGAAGAGGGAAAGGGAAAUGCCAGCAAGGAGCACAGUUCAGCUGGUCUGCAGGGUAUUACCCUGUCCAAGACAGGAAGAGCAGGAGAAUUCCCAACUCGGCAAUAGUCACUGUCAAACUGAGGUAGAAGGAGGAAAGGGCUGCAAUUAUACUCUUCCAUGGCCAAAAACCAAGAACCAAGUGCUUUCUAAGUCAUCUGUUUUGUAAGUUAUUAGUCACCAGCACUUCCUAGCCACAUAAACUCAUCCCAUUUGAUUUUACACCUCCUGACAGGUCCCCGGGCCACUUGGACGCGAGCUUCCCAUCAGUCUCACGAGAGGAGAGGCGAUUCAGAAAGCACCACCGCAGCAGGACUUAGGAAGAUGUGGAUGCUUUGCUUCACUGCAAUUCCCUGGCCUUGAGAGCUGGAUGCACAACUCAGAUGAUUCUUUGGCUCACUGUCCUGUGAAAUGGGGUUUUUUUAUAGGAAAGCACAUAAAAUGCAGCUAAGGCAGCUCUGACAAGCUAAACCAAAGGAUUUGUCUCUGUUAAUGACACAUGCAUAUGGCUUUUGAAUGCAUCCUGAAGAAUUUGCAGCCAUAAACAUUUAUGCAAGAAGGAAACUGUGGUAGCAGAAACCUACCUAAUUUAUAAAAUAGUGACUGGUACACUACAUGCUGAGAGGAUGCUCACCUAUGUGACCCUGGGGCUACCAUUAAUUGAAAAAGAAUCCUGACCCUGCCCAUGCAGGAAAAUCAGCAUUUUCUGCUGUCUUCAGUCGCUGCGUUGAGGAACUGCACCGGGAGACAAGCAGCAUUUCAAAGGGGCCUGGCUACCAGAAAACAGUGCUCAAAAUGAACACGAGUUUUCAGAGUGCUGCAAUCAUCUCCAGCCCAAAUUCAGAUCAACCCAAGGAAGAGAAACAGUGAUCCAUUGGCACAGACAAACUCCGGCUGGCACGUCGUCCUCCAGCAGAGCUAAGGCAGAGAACAUCACCACAAACCCACAAGAAGCGCCACGCCCAUUCAAUAACCUAUAAUUUUUAAAUAUAACAUUUUAUUGCUUAGAUGGUUUGAUACAGAACAAGUUUUACUUUUUAUUUUGAAUUUGGAAGUACUGUACAACUGAAAAAAAGAGGAAUAAAAGUACCAAAACUA